AUGAAUCUUCCAUGUGUAUUAUAUGUAAACCCAUCGAAAUUGUUCUCAUGUUUUCGUCUCCGUUUCGUACGACAUCUGUCUUAUAUUAAAUCGGCGACAAUCGAUAACGAGGUACAUAUUUUAACGUUGAAUAAUCCUACGACUGCUAAUUCACUUUCUUUGCCGUUGAUGAAAGAACUUCUCAUGGUUUUGGAUUCGAUCAAGUUGUCGCAGAAUAUUAAAGCUUUAGUGAUUACUGGUGAAGGAGGAUUUUUUUCUUCUGGACAUAAUCUUCACGAGGUUAUCAAGUUUUCUGAUACAAACUCUAAAAAAGUAUUUUCAACAGCAUCAGAGAUUAUGGAGAAAUUAACUGAAUUUCCUAUACCAUCGAUAGCAUCUGUAAAUGGUCCUGCUGUCGCUGGAGGUUGUCAAUUAGUUGCAGCUUGUGACUUGGCAAUAUCAGCCAAAUCUGCGAUAUUUUCAGCCAGUAGUAUUAAACUAGGAUUAUUCUGUAGUACACCUGGUGUAUCAUUAGUUCGAGCGAUCGGGUUACGAGCUGCUAAUGAACUACUUUUAACAGGCAAAGCUAUCAGUGCUGAUAGAGCCUACGAAUUGGGUCUUGUUCAUCGUGUAGUUGAAGAUGACAAACUAUAUGAAGCGUCUAUUGAAUUCGCCAAAGAAAUUACUCAACAUAAUAAAGAUGUUGUACAGUUAGGUCGAGAAACUCUUCACAAACAAGCUUCUAUGACAUUAAUGGAUGCUUAUGCAAUAGCUUCAGAUGCGAUGAUCCAUCUACUCUAUGUAAUGGCAAUGUUAUCGACUUCAACACCAAUGUUCAAGUAUUACAACUCAAAACCAUUUAGAAUUUCCAUCACUUUCAAAAUGGAAAAAAAUUCACAAGGUAAAAAUAAUCCAAUUACAAGAAAUGAAACAGUUGCUGACAUAUCAAAUUCCUCAGUUGAUGAUAAUUCACUAAUUAGUCGAGCAACUAAAGCUGUUCGUGAUUAUCUGGAAUAUGAUUUUGAAUGUCUUGUUUCUGAUGUCAAUAUAUUAACACGUAUGAAUCAAGCUUCAAGCGAACGUUACAUGGAAUUAACUACAAAUACAAAUGAUAUGACAAGAAAAUUAAUUGAUGUGAACAACCGUUUUGCUUCAUUAAGUGAUGCCCUGAAAAAAAUUGAUCAGUUCGAUAAGGAUAUAGAACAGUUGGAGAAAAAAGCGUUUGAAAUUGAAACUUUAACCAAACAACUAGAAAAUCGUUACAAUAAAUUGGAAACUGAACACAAUCAUUGA